AUGGAAGUCGAGGCAGAAAGCAGCGUCAGUUCUGUAUUUGGAGGAGAUGAUCUUGAAGAGCUUAGCAGUGAGUGCCGAGAACUUUUCCAAACCCUGCCUAGAGAGAGAAACUGGGAUGGCACCUAUAUUUAUCAAUAUCAAGGCUUUUGGUUCCGUGCCAGGACCCUUCAGAGCAUCAUCUCCUUCCAAAGGCACUUCCAAGCAGAAGACAGUGAUGUGUUGGUAAUCAGUCCUCAAAAAACAGGCACCACAUGGCUCAAGGCCCUCACCUUUGCCAUUAUAAACCGAAACCAGAGCGCCUUCUCGCAGAGCCCAUUGCUCACUAGCAACCCUCACGAUCUUGUACGUUUCUUGGAGUUUGAUCUUUAUUUCAUGAAAACAGAGGGUCCUAAUCUCCAAUACCUUCCUCGCCCAAGAUUGUUAGCAACCCAUACGCCAUGUUCAAUGCUGCCGUCAUCCAUUAAAGAUUCAGAGUGUCGAAUUGUCUAUAUAUGUCGAAAUCCACUGGACAGGUUCGUCUCAAUCUGGCAUUUCGUGAACACCAUUCCAACUCAGCCUCUCAAUCCAACCUCCCUAGACCAUGGGUUGGAGAUGUUUUGCCUGGGUGUAGAGUCAUUUGGACCCUACUGGGACCAUGUGCUGGAGUACUGGAAGAUGAGCAGGGAGAGGCCAGACAAGGUGCUGUUUCUGAAAUAUGAAGAUCUCAAGGAGGAUAUCAGUACCCACAUCAAAAGGUUAGCGCACUUCUUGGGCUUUCCUUUUUCUGAGGAGGAAGAGAGAGUGGGGAUUAUAGAGGAAAUAUCAAGGUUGUGUAGUCUUCAAAGUCUUAAAAAUUUGAAGGUGAACAAGACUGGAAAACGCCCCUGCGGAUUUAAAAACUCGGCGCACUUUAGGAAAGGCGAAGUGGGAGAUUGGGUGAGUUAUGUGACACCUGCCAUGGCAGAACGGAUUAAGAUUCUCAUGGAAGAAAAACUGAGAGGCUCUGGGUUAUCCUUUAAAAUGUCUUAUGAUUUCAUAGGGGAGGGCGGUUGA